AUGCAGGUUUUCAAUGGUAACAUGCUCGAAUUCCGGAAAAAGUUGAGCGGAUACAAAGACGCAAUUUUGAAGAAGCUUACUCUGAGCCCAGAGCAAAGAAAGGAGCUUGUGGAAAGGCUGAAGAUGUUCAAAAGGAAAACUACCGAUCAAGUCUCACCAGCAGGGGACUCCAUUGAAGAGAUCAACCUGAGAAGUCAAAUUGCACUCUUCCAGGGAGACAUGGUUCUUUCGAAGGAACAACAAGAUCAAAUUGCUGCAGAUAUCGGAACCGCUGCGCACGAACUUGGUCAUGCUCUUGGAUUCUUCUAUACACACUCGAGACAUGACCGUGAUCGAUACAUUACAGUUGACAAAGAAAACAUCAAGGUUUUCAAUGGUAACAUGCUCGAAUUCCGGAAAAAGUUGAGCGGAUACAAAGACGCAAUUUUGAAGAAGCUUACUCUGAGCCCAGAGCAAAGAAAGGAGCUUGUGGAAAGGCUGAAGAUGUUCAAAAGGAAAACUAUCGAUCAAGUCUCACCAGCAGGGGACUCCAUUGAAGAGAUCAACCUGAGAAGUCAAAUUGCAGGAGCACUCUUCCAGGGAGAUAUGGUUCUUUCGAAGGAACAACAAGAUCAAAUUGCUGCGGAUGUUAGUGGAACUCGUACCAAACGGCAGACUUACAAUGAUAAAAAUUACCCUGGUAGAAGAUGGACGAAAGGAGUCAACUACUUCUUCGACAAAAGUGCAAGUGAAAAGGUUAAGAGUGUAUUCAAGAAAGCGGCGCGUGAAUGGAUGGAUAAUACCUGCAUCAACUUCACACAAAGCGAUUCCGGUAAACUCAGGACAGCAUUCGUGUGUUCAUGGAAGAUGGAUGUUGGUCUUUCGUUGGCAGGCUUGGAGGCGUACAAAACCUCUCACUUGGUAAUGGCUGUGAAUCGAUAUGAUUUUGAGAGUUGUUCAUUUUAUGUUGUGAUCGGAACCGCUGCGCACGAGCUUGGUCAUGCUCUUGGAUUCUUCCACACGCACUCGAGACAUGAUCGCGAUCGAUUCAUUACAGUUGACAAAGAAAACAUCAAGCCUGACUGGCUAGACCAAUUCACACUGGAGACGCCGGCAACCAAUAACAAUUAUGAUUUGACAUAUGACUACGGUAGCCUGAUGCACUACGGAGCCACAAGCGCCACCAGAAACAAACUGCCUACCAUGGUGCCAAAGGACGUGCAUUAUACACAGACCUUGGGAUCUCCUUUCAUUUCGUUCUACGAUCUUCUUAUGCUCAACACACACUAUAACUGCACUGGUAGCAGUUUUGCGGAUACGGAGGCCAAUUCUGCGAGAAAGAAGCCACAAGAUUGCGGUCGCGAAUUGUAUGCGACCAAAGAUUGGACACCGCUCGUCGACGACCUAGGCAAUCGGGCAGCCGGCGGUUUGCCGCGUGAGGACUUUAUGAAAUGCCACUACUGGAUCAAGGCCCCAUUCGGUAAAACGGUGCAAGUGAAAUUCGUAAACUUCACUGAUGGAAUUGCCGUCGAUGGAUGCACGUAUGCUGGAGUUGAAAUCAAAACACAUGAAGACCAACGCCGCACCGGUUACAGGUAUGAAAUUCUGCUCAAAAGACGACGCAAACACGAUACUCAAUUCGACUUGACGCACUGUUCCUAUAAUAACCUACAACCGAAUCUACGCCACUGUCACAAAGUUGGAGUACCGCGCAGUUUAGACGAAUCAGAAGAUGGAAAACGUGGUUUUCCUUCGAUAAACUGUUAA